AAAGUAAGUGAAACAUAUUUAGACGUUUUCACGGAAAUCUAACAAAAUUCAAAGAAUCUGAGCGCUUAACUCAGAAGGGUACAAGGAACAACAUGUAGGCUGCCAUGUUGACACUAUCCCAGAAUGCAUCUCAUUGGCACAGUAAAUGGGUUCAUGUUUAAUGCCAAUAACAAAACACGUAUUUUGAUCGCUAAAAACAAUGUUAAAAGGCUACAACAUGAAUCUUUAUUCAUUAUCAUUGGAUUAUCUCUGUCAUUGGGAAAAAGAAGAGAAAAAAAGACACUCGUCUCGCGGAAGUGACGAUCGUUAAAAUUAAGUGACGUCAAAUUGUGUUUUGUUGACAUAUGUUUGUGAAAGACAAAACAGUGGAAGCCCACGAAUGAUCUCUAGAUAUUUAGCUGGCCAGCUACUGUUAGUUAGGUUAUUAGCAACCAUUAAUAUCUAUUAGUUAAAUAUAUAAUAUUGGUUAUUCCAAUAGCUCGACACAUAACGUUGAAGUCCAGGCCAUUUGAAUUUAGAAUUCUGCGAAUGGACCGUGAAGGGAACAAUAACGUUAAUAGCAGUACAUCAAGGCAAGGAUAAACGAGUAACGUUAACUGACUGGCAAGCAAGAAAAUAAGCUGAUCGAGGAGGAACAGUGGAGAAUGUGAAGGACCAUGGCGAACUUUGAAGCUUACCAGGAGUACCAGCGGAUUGAUGACUUUGAGGAGGACUCACCUCCCGGGGAGGAGGACCUAUUAGUGCAUGUUCCAGAGGGCCUGAGUGACUCAUGGCACCAUAUCAAGAAUCUGGACAACUUCUUUACAAGAAUCUAUCAGUUUCAUCAGAAAAAUGGCUUUGCUUGUAUGAUGUUAUCAGAGUUCUUUGAACUUUUUCAGUUCCUGUUUGUGGUCACUUUCACAACAUUCCUCUUCAACUGUGUGGAGUAUGAUAUACUGUUUGCCAACCGGGCAGUGAACCACACAGGACCUGGCCAGAACCCCCUGGACAGGAACAAGGUCUCUCUGCCUGAUGCCAUCCUACCAAGCCAGCAGUGCACUGAGAGUAUCCAGGAGAACAGUUGGAUCAUCUUCCUGCUCAUCAUGGCGACCAUCUUCUGGGUCUACCGGAUGAUCAAGGUCUUCUGCAACAUCCUCAGCUACUGGGAGAUACGCCAGUUCUACAUCAAAGCACUGAAGAUCAGCAUGGACGAGCUGUGUAACUUCACAUGGCAGGAGGUCCAGGACCGUCUGAUCAGCCUGCAGCGGGAGCAGCAGAUGUGUAUCCACAAGAAGGAGCUAACUGAGCUGGACAUCUACCACCGCAUCCUGCGAUUCAAGAACUACAUGGUGGCCAUGGUCAAUAAGUCACUGUUACCUGUACAGCUUCAGCUCCCCCUUCUGGGAAACCUGGUGUUCCUCACCCAGGGCCUCAAGUACAACUUUGAGCUGAUUCUCUUCUGGGGUCCGGGGUCGCUGUUCCAGAACAAAUGGAACCUGCACCCCAAGUACAAGCGAGCAGGGAACCGUCUGGAGCUGGCCCAGCAGCUGAGCCGGAUCAUUCUUCUACUAGGCGUGGCCAACCUGCUCCUCUGCCCCUUCAUCCUGGUGUGGCAGGUGCUCUACGCCUUCUUCAGCUACACCGAGAUCAUCAGGAGGGAGCCAGGGAGUCUGGGAGCACGCCGCUGGUCUAUGUUCGGCCGCCUCUACCUGCGCCACUUCAAUGAGCUGGACCACGAGCUGCACGGCAGGCUAGGCCGCGGCUACAAGCCCAUCUCCAAGUACAUGAACUCGUUCACCUCGCCGCUCCUCACCGUGCUGGCCAAGAACGUGGCGUUCUUCUCGGGCUCGGUGCUGGCCGUGCUCAUCGCACUGACCGUGUAUGAUGAGGAUGUCUUGACCGUGCAGCACAUCCUGACCGCCAUCACCGUGCUGGGAGUGGUUAUCACCAUCACCAGGUCCUUCAUCCCAGACGAACACAUGGUGUGGUGCCCGGAGCAGCUGCUGCAGUGUGUGCUUGCUCACAUCCACUACAUGCCAGACCACUGGAGGGGCAACGCCAACAAGAGCGAGACCCGGGACGAGGUGGCACAGCUGUUCCAGUACAAAGCGCUGUUUAUCCUGGAGGAGCUGCUGAGCCCCAUCGUCACGCCCUUCAUUCUCAUCUUCUUACUGAGGAACAAGUCCCUGGACAUCAUCGACUUCUUCAGGAACUUCACUGUGGAGGUAGUCGGGGUUGGAGACAUCUGCUCCUUCGCACAGAUGGACAUCCGUCGUCAUGGAAACCCUCUGUGGAUGUCUGAGGGCCAGACGGAGGCGUCUGUGUACCAGCAGGCUGAGAACGGCAAGACUGAGCUGUCUCUGAUGCACUUCACCAUCAAGAACCCCCGUUGGCAGCCCCCCCAGGAGAGCUCAGUGUUCAUCAGCCAUCUGAAGGAGAAGGUGCACCAGGAUGCCCAGGGAGGACCCCCCACCCAGCUGCUGCUCUCUGAGGCCCCGCUCUGCUCCUCACUGCUCUCCAACGGGUCCGGCAAUGAACCUGACAACCUAUUGGCAAGUGUCCUGGCCCACCCUGUGCUGACCGCGUCAGGCCUACCAGGCCGAGACCGCCGCUUCGUUCCUCCCAGCACGGCUGCCUCUGCCGCCGCCAGCGUCCUGGCCUCUCUAUCCAGCUCCCACUCUCAGCUCCCCCACGCCAGCCGCUCCCGCUCGCAUGUCCAUCUGCCUUCCACCGACCCCGACAGCACCAUGUACUGCAGUGACCGCACCAUCAUCGACAGCAUGUCAGGGAGUGAUUCUCGAAUGAAGAGCACUACAUUGCUAUCAGAGUUUGCCUCUGCUGAGAUGAGUCUCCAUGCUAUUUACAUGCAUGAGGUCCACCAACAGAACUCACUCCCCCACCAGAGGACAUUCGGCCAGUGGCAGAACCCAGUGCCAAUGAGAGAGCUAAGCAGCAACGCUGGUUCUCAGACGCACAGCGUCCACACAGCAGUCAGCCUGUCUAAUAUGCCCACCCCGCUGCGUCUGGGAGGCUGGACGGAGGAAGAGGAGGGGGAUGCAGAGGAAGAGGAAAUCCUCAACAGUGGGUCGACUCCUAAACAGGACUCUAGGAGUAGCUAUUGAAGUGCCUUAAAUAAAUGGUGUUUACACUUUCCUUUCUGGAUGAACAUUGUGGCCUUAGAUGAUCUUUUUGGAGUAUAGGAUAGAUAGGACCUUUAUGACGUCACACAGCACAGGCAGCUGGGGAACUCAUUGGAUAACCACUGUCUCCAUGCCUCUCCUCCUAUCACAUCAGGAGGUUUUGUCGUCAGGGAAACCAACUGUAUGUCUUCCGUCCCUCUCCAUGUCAUUUUUUUGUUAUAGAAUGUAUUUACAUCGCUCAUAGAGGUGUGUGUGUGUGUGUGUGUGUGUGUGUGUGUGUGUGUGUGUGUGUGUGUGUGUGUGUGUGUGUGUGUGUGUGUGUGUGUGUGUGUGUGUGUGUGUGUGUGUGUGUGUGUGUGUGUGUGUGUGUGUGUGUGUGUGUGUGUGUGCGUGCGCGCGCGCUUUGGGACUCUGGGAAAGAGUGGCAUGCACAGCUAGGAUACUUGCACGGCAGGCUUGAGCAUGGUACACAGCAAAACCUGUCACACUUUUGUUGCAUAUUCAUGUUUUUUUUAUAUAUAUAUAUAAGUUUGAUUUGUGCAUUUGGGAGGUUUACAAUAUGGGUCUGGGUUCACUUUCUCAUGGUGGAAAUGGUGUCUUUCCUGGUGCUGAAGAGACUAUGGAGUGAAGGUGUAUCAUACUAGCUGCCUGACCAUGUUCACUAUAUGAGGAAUGUUAAGUGCAAAAUUAUACAUUGGCAUAUUUGGCCCUUACUUAUUGCUUGACAUUUGUAAAUACACUUUAGCGUCUUACCUCUAUAUGAAUAUUUAAGUUUUGUUGUUUUUAGUCCUUGGGGCAAUUUUAAUCCUUGGGGAAGAUGGAAAAGUACUGAAAACAGUGACAUGAAGCAGGCUGCAACUAUACUACUGCUACUACAGAUAGGACCCCACUAGAAAAUAUGACAAAAGCCUACAGAUGCGCUAGAUUAAUUAACCACAAUUGUAAACAGGAUAAAAUCUCAUUAAAAUCUGCUGUCUGAUUUAAAUGGGCCCAAUAUUAUUAUCUUUCUUUAAUAUCCUGGGUGACUCUAAGACAGGAUUCAACAUAUAAUAACUUGAUUAUUUUGUAUCAAAGUAUCUUCCAUGUACAGUCUCCACUGGCAACAGGGCUGUUAUACUUGACAAAGGUACAUACAUCAAGAUGACAUAUUUGCAGAGGCAGUAACUACAUUGUUGUGGGUAGGUAUGAGAAUAAGCUAUGGAGGGUUGCAUAUUAUGUACAGUAAAUCAAGAAGUGUUGUUGUAUACAUUGAUUUUGCAUGUAGUGCUCAACAUUUAGUUUACAAAACACUUUCCCCUAUGUACACACAAGUGAACUUCAUUAUUAUUUUGCAAUUACAGCAAUCAGAUCUUGAGGGUUAAACCUGUUGGUUUUCUGUUCUACCUGAUAGUUAAUUGCACUCACUUGGUGUCCAGAGUCUAAAUUAGUCCCUGAUUAGAGGGUACAAUGAAAAAAUGCAGUGGAACUAACUUCGAAAUCCAGAGUUGAGAUUGAGGGUUAUAGAGGAUGAUGUGAGCUGGCCAAUCAGCGGUCUACUCAAAUUAAUAUUUUUAAUGACCGGUAUUCACCCACACCAUUCUGUUGUUGGGGUAUGCCCACACCAUUCUGUUGUUGAGGUAUGCCCACACCAUUCCAACACAGAAUAGCAUUCUUUUUAUAAAAAUAAUUUUACAUUCUUCAUUCAAAAACUGUGGAAGGAAAACAACUAUUUCUCUCACAUUGUAAUUCAUUAUAUGUCAUAUUUCAUAGAAAUCUGGUAACUGGACAGUUACUUUAAUAUAUUUAAUUUAGUAUUUAUUGUUGAAAAAUAAUCUUUAUAGUAAAUACAUUCAUACCAAAUAUGAUUGGGAUCUAAUGUUAAUAACGGAAUGUCUUAACAGAAAUCUUGAAGGCACCCAUGUAAAUCUAACUUGUUUUCCUUAAUGUAUGUCUCAUACAACAUUGAACAAAACUGAUUUAAAAAUAUAUAUAUUUUUGUUGAAUUGCUUUUGACAAAACAUAUUUGGAUAUGCAACUUUGAAAUGAAACAAUCCUUCAUGUUGCUGGUUUCAUCAGUACAGUACAACUCAAAGGAGAGCACACUUGUUUGCAUGUAAAAUGCUGAAUUCCCUAGAAAUACGUGGCAUGAUGUAUUCAUUGGUACUGUAGCCAGAACAGUUUAUUGAAACAUUAUACUAAAGCUCCAUUACUGCUACAAUAACCUAGUCCACACCUAUAUGUAUAUCUCUGUAUCCUCCACAACAUUUUAGUCAUUUAGCAGCUGCUCUUAUCCAGAGUGACUUACAGUAGUGAGUGUAUUCAUUUUUGUUUUGGUCCCCCGGUGGGAAUCAAACCCACAGCCCUGGCAUUGCAAGCACCAUGCUCUACCAACUGAGCCAAACAGGACCACUAUUGUAAGACUAGAGAGUAUAUGUGUUUGACGACUUUUUCCCUUCAUUUAGUUUUUUUUUUCAUUUGUGUUUUGAAGUGGUGUGGAUGUAGACAUCAACCUAACUAUGCUAAGCUAACGUUGACUCAAAAGUUUUGCACUGAUUGAAAAUAAAAAUGAUAUUGCUAGAGACCUGCAUCAAACUAUAUUUUCGAUCAAGCCGAGGUCUCAAAGGAACAGUGAGUGGAACUCCCUUCCUGAAUGGCCUCUCUCACUAUAUAUAAUAACCAUAUGUAGGAUUGUUAUCAUCCAUACCGUGGGCCUAUCACAGACCUGGUUGUUGUUACCUCUGGUCAGCAAAAGUUCACCAAUUAGUGGGGAAUGUCUGUCAAUGUUUUAAGUAACAUUAUAGGCCUAGUCAAUGCCACAUAUGGUAUUGCUGUUGGUGUUCCAUUUGUUUUACUGAUGUAAUGAGUUUUAGGGGAGACGUGGUAGUUCAUGAGUCUUGCCAGUUUCCAUAGCUAGAUUGCACUGCCUCUCCCUAUCUUUUUUUAUUUGAUUAUUUUGCUUUAUUUUGAGCAGUGCCUUAGGGUUAGCUUUAGUUCUUAUUAGAAACCAUUGAAACCGUCAGAGCUCAUUUUACUUUGUAUUUUAGCAGCACAUAAUGUACAGUAUUUCUUUUGGCAGGACUGUCAUGUUUUGGCACCAAGUAUACAGUGGGACUUGUAUUCUAAUAUUGUUGAUGAGUCCUGAGUAAAAUGAACUACAACAGACUGAUAUUUGACAUCAAAGUAGUCAAAUCACUUUCACCUGAUGACAGAAUUAAUCUGAUCAAAGUGUUUUGUUCUGUACUGUCUGCCUCCCCAGUCCAAAAGAAUCAGUUGGGGAGGGGAAAUGUUCUAUACCCUUUUCAUUUAUGUUUAAUUAUUAUUUAAUCCCAUCCUUAAGGCUCCCCAUUCAAUAUCAUUGCUUCUUAUCCACUACAAACCAGUCCCCCCCAAAAAAAACAUGUUGACUGGUACAAGGUGCUACGUUUUCAUAUUCUUAGUGUUGAAUAGAUUUUGAGCCAUCUAUUCUUUGUUGCUUAGGUUUGUUCUUUUUGUUUGUUUUGUUUAAUUUAAGAAACACUAGCUGAGAAUGAACAAUGCCAAAAUAACUUGUUUUCAGCAAAGCUUUAUCAUACACAUUUUAUUUGUUUUCUGUAACCGAAUAGGCAAAGGAAUUCUUAUUGUGUGUAUUUAAUCAUUGAAGUGUGUCCCAAGAUCUAAUGUUCUUGAUUUGAAAUAAAACAUGUAAUAUACAUUCUG